GCGUUAUCGAUAGACGGGAUGUGCGCCCUCAGCCAUCGCUAAUAAAGUAUAAUAAUAAUUAAGAAAAUUUAUGCGCUGAUUAUAGCUGCCGAUGAAAUGGAUACGUACUCGGUGGACGUGGUGUACCAAGCAAUCAGUGCCCUGUUUCAGGGCAACAAUGCCAAAGAGCAGGAGAAGGCCAACAAAUGGCUGCAGGAGUUCCAGAAGUCGAUCUAUUCGUGGACGAUUGCGGACGAGCUGCUGCACCAGAAGCGAGAUCUGCACGCCAAUUACUUUGCCGCCCAGACGAUGCGGAAUAAAAUUCAGAACUCCUUCAGCGAACUGCCCCCGCACACGCACGAAUCCCUGCGGGAUUCCCUUAUCACGCACAUCGGGCAGAUCGACGAGCAGACGGACAAUGUGAUUGUGACGCAGCUCAGUUUGGCGGUGGCCGAUCUGGCCCUUCUCAUGGCCAGCUGGCAGGAGCCGAUCAACGAUCUGCUUGUGACUUUGGCACCCCAUCCGGCGGCCAUUUGGCCGUUGCUGGAGGUGCUCAAAGUGCUGCCGGAGGAAAUAGACUCCCGGUAUCUGCGACUCGGAGCCAAUCGACGAGAGGAGGUGCACAAGCAGCUGGACGCCAGCGCCGAGUGCGUCCUUAAGUUCCUGUGCGCAUGCAUGCAGCGGGAGGAUCUCGACCAGCAGCGCGUAUGGAAUGCGGUAUUGCGCACCUAUAGUGCCUGGCUGGUGAUCCACGCCUUUCCCCUCUCGCACGUGUACAACAAUGCCCUCAGCCAGCUGGCCUUCCGGUUGCUCUCGCUGCCGGAGACCACGGGCAAGCUGCACGACAAUGCCACCGAAUGCGUAUGUGCCUUGCUCUCCUGCAUGAACACGUCACGUCCGGAUGGCGUCACAAACGAAUCGGAGUUCUCGGUGGAGGCACAGAUCUUUGGGGCCGUCUGCAUGCUGGAGACGCCGUAUCACUUGAGUGUGGCACACGAGGAUACCGACAAAACGAUUAACUACUGUAGGAUUUUCACCUCGCUGUGUGAUGCCUUCUUCUACAAUCUGCUGGAGGAUCCCCAGAAGCCGCACUACUGCCUGAAGGGAUUGGAUCUGGUGCUGCUGUGCGUCGGCCACUUCGACUACGAGGUGGCCGAGAUCACCUUCCACCUGUGGUACAAGCUCAGCGAGGAUCUCUUCCAGCGCAACGACAACAAGCUGACAACGCUCUUUAAGCCGCACAUCGAACGGCUGAUAAGCGCCCUGUUCCGCCACUCGCAGAUGGAAAGCGACCACGACGGGCUCAUCGAGGAGAACAACAAUUUCUAUGACUUUCGACGCAAGGUUUCAGAUCUUAUCAAAGAUGUGGCCUUUAUUGUGGGAUCAGGGGCCUGCUUUAAGCAAAUGUUCCACAUCCUGCAGGUACCGGAAACCACAUGGGAGUCCACAGAAGCGGCGCUAUUUAUUAUGCAGAAUGUGGCCAAAAAUAUACUACCAGAGGAGAACGAGGUGAUACCCAAGGUGGUGGAGGCGAUCCUCAAUAUGUCGGAGCAAACUCACAUAGCUGUUCGAUAUACGGCGAUCCUGCUGAUCGGCGAGCUGUGCGAAUGGAUCGAGAACCAUGCGGAAUCCUUGGAGGCGGUGCUCAACUUUCUGCUGUUCGCUCUGCAGCAGAAGAAUGGCUUGGCGCCGGCUGCGGCCAUGGCACUGACCUCCAUUUGCUCCGCCUGCCGCCAGAAGAUGGUGUGCCACAUCAGCGGUCUGGUGGAGAUUGCCCGCAGUCUGGACAGUUUUCAGAUUAACAAUGACGUGGCCAUUGGCCUGCUCAAGGGCAUAUCACUUAUACUCACGCGUCUGCCGCGGGAGCAACUGCAGCCAGCUCUGCGGGAAAUUGUCGGCUUCCAGCUGCAACCGCUGGCUCUGCUGACAGAGAGUAGUAAUAGUGAAGCUAGUGUCCAGAAGGGAGAGCGCAGCGAUCCCGUUUACUGGAUAGACAGAGCCUGCGCCAUCAUCCGGCACACAAAUCCCGACGUGCCCGACACCGUCGAGCAUCCCACGGUGGCCAUUCUGAACGACGCCUGGCAACUCAUCUCGCGGGUCAUGGACAAGUACCAGAGCGACCUGCGCAUCAUGGAGCGCACCUGCCGACUGAUCCGCUACGGCAUCCGGAUGGUGAGAAAGCAAGCGGUGCAGCUGGUGGAGCCGCUGAUCAAGCAAAUGGUAGUGCUAUAUGCCGUGCAGCACCACAGUUGCUUCCUCUAUGUGGGCUCCAUACUGGUGGAUGAGUUCGCCAGGACGAGCGAGUGCAUCGGUGUCUUGCUGGAGAUGCUGCAGGCAUUUAUCGAACCCACCUUCGGCCUGCUGCAGAUGGAGAAUGGCCUUAAGAACAACCCAGAUACCGUGGACGAUUUCUUUCGCUUGGCCUCGCGCUAUUUGGACUGCUGUCCGCAUCAGCUGCUCCAGAGCAGCCUCAUCACGCCGAUCUUCCAGUGCGCGUUGAUAGCCUGUGCGCUGGACCAUCGCGAGGCCAACUCGUCGGUGAUGAAGUUCUUCAUCAAUCUGCUGGUUUGGGGCAGGACGAAUAGCCACAGUAGGAAUGCAGAAUGUCGUCCCUUGGUGGUGGAACUGGCCAAUCAGCAUGGCGGAGCUUUGGUCAUGAACUUGAUUCAGGCCUCCGUCUUCCAGUUGCACUCCUAUAUGCUGGCCGAUGUGGCCGAGGUGCUGCACGAACUGAAGCAGGUGGUGGGCAACGAUCGGAUGCAGCCGUUUCUGGCCCAGGCUCUGGAGGCGCUGCCCAAGAAGAACAGCGGUGGCUAUGUGACCGCCACGCAGCAGCAGUUGGAUGAGUUCAGCAGCACAGUGCUGAGAUCUGACACAACGAAAGCCAUUUCGCAAGCCUUGAAAACCUUUACGCGACUCUUCCGUUAAUCAAAUGGAAGCUGGAACCGGGAUUAAUUGAUUCAUUUGUACAUUUUGAGUGAUGUAUGUAAUGUGGCAAGGGCGCUAAACAAUUUGUUAAAAACGCACGUACCCCAAUAUAUAUUUAUAAUAUAGUUGAA